UCGCACAGCAUCGAAGUGAUCACUUAGCUUUGGAGCGCCUGUCGGCUUUGACUCAGGGCGCACUGGAGCAGCAAAUAGUGACUAUCAAGCAACAGUUGGCAACCGAAGAGCGCACGACGAGGCGGCGGGACAAUACGUUAACCACAGACCUGCGGAAUAUAAAGCAUCAGAUCAAUGCGAUUCAGACUCUGCUGACCAGUCUCACCCGGUCGCUUGCGGGUGGCUCUGCUGAUAUGGACUUGCACGCCCUCCGCGCUGUGCAUUCCGCAUUUCAAGAAGCGAGCAAGGCGGCCAGCGACAUACAGGCACUUAAGGAAGAGGUAGCCAGAUUGCUGGGCGACUGAGAUCGCCUGUGUGCUGUCAGUGGGUGACCACUCAACUGGUCACAACGGCUUCACCCGAGUGAUCGACACCCCAGGCGAAUAGGUAGAGUGGCGUAAUGGUGCGUUUGGGUGUUUAGGGAUGGCCCAGCACCCAGCCCUACGCCAAGCCCUCAACCCUAAAAUCCUAAACCAUAAAACCCUAAACCCCAUCCUGAACCGUACUGAUGGUCGGUUUCUGGCGCCCAUAUCUGCUAGUCUAACCGGAUGCCUUGGCGCACGUUUGGUGUCUGCGCCUCAUAACGGGCGAGACACGAGCGUUGGCUUGCUCACUUCACACAGUAAGUGAACUGCCAAAUUAAGUAGAAUAAACCGAGUUUAACACCUAACAUCCCACCUUGCCUGCAGAUCUUCACAGUGGUUUACUUUUGGAUCAUCACCUCUGAAAUACAGCAGUGUCGUUUUGCCCUCCCACACAGCGAUAUGGAUGGGAUGACUUCGCUUGUACAAUGUAUAUACUUGCAUCGGUACAUUUUGUUCUGGCUAUCAACGAAAUCAGC